AUUCCAGCCCCAAGUCCAAGAGUUGCGCAGGAUCCUACCCUACCAUGGAGAUUCCCAAAAAACUGGUGAACUCGGUGUCCGGCUGUGCCGACGAUGCCCUGGCCGGGCUGGUGUCCUGCAAUCCCGGGCUCCGGCUCCUGCAGGGCCACCGGGUGAUCCUGCGGAGUGACCUCUCGGCCGUCCGUGGCCGUGUGGCCCUGCUGUCUGGAGGGGGCUCCGGCCACGAGCCGGCCCACGCAGGAUUCAUCGGGAAGGGAAUGCUGACCGGAGUGGUGGCUGGAGCCGUGUUCACAUCCCCAUCCGUGGGCAGUGUCCUGGCAGCCAUCCGGGUGGUUGCACAGGCGGGAGCAGUCGGGAUCCUCCUGAUCGUGAAGAACUACACGGGGGACCGGCUGAAUUUCGGGCUGGCCCUGGAGCGGGCGCGCUCCGAAGGGGCCGACGUGCGGAUGGUGGUGGUGGGAGACGACUGUGCCUUCACCGCGCCUGGAAAAGCCGGGAGACGCGGGAUCUGCGGCACCGUCCUCAUCCAUAAGGUGGCGGGAGCGCUGGCGGAGGCAGGAGCAGGUUUGGAUGAGAUCGUGGAGAAGGUGACGGCAGCUUCCAAAGUCAUGGGUACCCUGGGUCUCAGCCUGUCUCCCUGCAGCAUCCCGGGAUCCAAGCCCUCAUUCCAGCUGGCUGAGGAUGAGAUGGAGCUGGGGCUGGGGAUCCAUGGAGAGGCCGGAGUGCGCAGGAUGAAGGUGCUGCCUGCGGAUGAGGCCGUGGAGACGAUGCUGAAGCACAUGACGGAUCCAUCCAAUGCUUCCCACAUAUCCCUGACCCCUGGGUGUUCCGUGGUGCUCAUGGUGAACAAUCUGGGUGGGUUAUCCUGCCUGGAGCUGGGAAUCGUGGCUGGAGCCGCCGUGCACAGACUGGAGAGCCGAGGGAUCCGCAUCGCCCGGGCCUUGGUGGGAUGCUUCAUGACAGCACUGGAGAUGGCCGGAGUCUCCCUCACCCUCCUGGUGGUGGAUGAGGAGCUGCUGCGGCUGAUCGAUGCCAAGACCACGGCCAUGGCUUGGCCCAACGUUCCCGCGGGACCGGCGACCGCCCGGAGAGAGGAGAUUCCAGCGCCGAUGGAUGUUCCAGGGCAGCCGUUGGAUGAGACCAGCACAGGGCCCGGAGCGGUGCAGGUGCAGCGGGUCCUGGAGCGGGUGUGCAGCACUUUGCUGGAUAUCCAGGAUAAGCUCAACCAGCUGGAUCGGAAAGCAGGAGAUGGGGAUUGUGGCCACACACACGCCCGGGCGGCCCAUGCCAUCCGGGAAUGGAUGCGCUCCCAGCCACCUCCGGCCGCCCCAUCCCAGCUCCUCUCCUGCCUGGCCGACCUGCUGCUGGAAAAGAUGGGAGGCUCCUCCGGAGUGCUCUACGGGCUGUUCCUGACGGCGGCCGCCCGGACCCUGCGCGGCCGGAGUGAUCUCGCGUCGUGGGCCGAUGCCAUGGAUUCCGGGAUUGACGCCAUGCAAAGGUAUGGAGGAGCCGCUCCAGGAGACCGGACGAUGCUGGAUUCGCUGUGUGCAGCCGCAAAGGCUCUGCAUUCCCUGCGCGUUCCCGGGGCCGACCCGCUCCAGGUGCUGGAGGCCGCGGUGCAGAGUGCCGAGGUGGCGGCGGAGGCCACCAAGCACAUGGAGGCCGGGGCGGGAAGAGCCAGUUACAUCCGCUCAUCCCGGCUGGAGCAUCCCGAUCCCGGGGCCGUGGCCGUGGCUGCCGUGCUGAGGGCCGUGCUGGGGGGGCUGCGGGACCCCCCGGCCACCCCCAAGUAGUGUAUCCCAAAAACCUCCGUGUCCUCCGUAGUGAGAGGGAUGUGGAUCCCAAUAAACCUUAGGAGACGUGUCCCCCAGUAACCCUUUGUGUCCCCCCACACCAAUGGGGAUGUAGAUCCCAAAAAAUCAGUGUCCCCCUCUAAAUCUCUUCGUCCCUUCUUGGUGACAGGGGUGUGUAUCCCAAUAAACCUUUGGAGACGUGUCCCGCAGCAA